AUGAAUGUACUACUGGUGCCACAUGCAUUUGAAAUGUGCUCAGUAAUAAUUGUCAUGUUGGUACUUUUGAUCUGGCCCAUUUAUAUUUGUCGUGAAAUGAAAGAUUCAGAACUAGAGGAAGCUCUCAAGAACGACAGACAGUGUGCGCGACAAAUGAAUAGACACUUAGAAUUAAUGAAAAGUGAUGCGGUCAUUGAAUUCUUUCAAUCGUCUCAAAAUUCAAGCCACAACAUAACUCAAUUGAAUAUUCGACAUGACUUUUAUUACCGCAAACAUGGCGUUAACAAAUUGUGCUUUUUCCUCAGAUUUCAAGAAAAAUUUGGCAUCGGACAUGAACAACUUGGAUCUGCACAUUUGUUGGUUCCGAUAGUAGGGACGAUUGUAACUUUAUUAUUUCUGUUCACACAUAUUUUGGAGCUGUCGAAUAAUAGCAGAGAUUCAUCAGUGACAGUUCAGUUGUUCUGCGGUUUGGCUUGUUGGCUAAUAAUUUCCAUCACAAUUACUAUAAUUAAGUGGCAGUGGAAAGGCUCCAAAGAACCUCCGAAAAAUCUUGGUGCAGCAUUCCCGUUGGAGUGGGGAAUUUGCAAAUUUCUGUCUUGGUUUUGGAUAAUCAUCAAGUUCGAUCAACCCCUAACUUUAACCAUGGUGGAUUUUCCAGCCAAUAAUAGGACUAAUCGUGAACAUUUUCCAAUCUCAGAAAUGUGA